AUGUCAUCAAAAGAUCCUUCAAAAACUGCCAAAAACACCAAAAGUACAAGAAUCCAGAAAAAAUAUCUAAAAGUUUCCAACAAAUGCCAGAAGUACCAAGAAUCUAGAAAGAACCUCCAAAAAGUCAUCAGAAAAACCUCCAAAAGCUACCAAAAAAUGCCAAAAAUACCUAAAAAGCUUCAAAAAUCAUCAGAAGAAUCUCUAAAAGGAACUGAAAAUU